GUCGCCGGCGGCUGGCUGCCAGAAAAGUCGGCCCCUCCAAAUCAAAUAUCAUCGCCGACAGAACGAAAACGAAGUUCCCCACUAACAUUUCCAUAAAACCGCAAUUGUCAAGAUUCUCUGUCUGAAGAAAAAAUACCCUAUUGAUCUCUUUGACAAAUCGAGAAGCAGCCAGCUUCGGGGAGGAAAUCAAAGUCUGUACAAGAAGGGGGUGGAAGAAGAAAGAAAGAAAAUGGAGGUGUUGAAGGAAGAGGAAGAGUACAACUGGAGGGAAGUAAAGCUGCCAUCUUUGAUCCCGAUUGUGCCAGAACCAGAGCUGGAGAGGGAGAAAGGGGAGAGAAGGAGAGGGCGAGAUAUUGUCAUAGCUAUCGAUCAUGGACCCAACAGCAAGCAUGCCUUCGAUUGGGCUCUCAUCCAUCUCUGCAGGCUUGCUGAUACUCUCCAUCUCGUUCAUGCCGUCUCAAGUGUGAAGAAUGAUGUUGUGUAUGAGAUGACUCAAGGGCUUAUGGAGAAGCUUGCCAUUGAGGCAUUUCAGGUCGCUAUGGUGAGUAAACAAACGUUCCCUUUUCCUUGUUGUUACUGCAAUUUGGAAUGUGAUGGUUGAUUUUUAGUUGAUACAAGUAAAAUCUUUCCAUCUAGUUUUUGCUGUGUUAUGAUGGAUUAAUGAUCUUGUCUUGUUUGGGGCUGUGGAUAUUGCAUCUGCUCUGUUGGGAAGAUGGUAUCCAGAUCGUUUCGAGUCUGCAAUGCAUAAGCAAUGGGAAUUCAGAUCUAGCUUCCUUAGUCACUUAAGCCCUUGACAUACCAUCAAUUUCAUAUGAUAUGAACAAUGGCGAUGGAACGAGUGUUUCUGUAUCCAUUCAUACCUUCUAAAUCAUGAAAAUCAAAUUCGAUGACUUGGAUAUUUCAUUGUCACUUUGUUGUAUGUCUCCUUGCCCUUUAACUGGAUGGCUGAUGCAAUGGCUCUGCUUCAGUGUGGGAAAUGUAGAGAACCGUGGACUUGAAUUGCGUCGAAUUCGCUUAACUUGCUACCUGUGUGAUGUUUGAUAACUUCAUAUUUGCUUGAUAAUGUUGUUUGGGGACAUAAAACAGGUGAAGAGUGUGGCUAGGAUAGUUGAAGGAGAUGCAGGCAAAGUAAUUUGUAAGGAAGCAGAAAGGAUUAAACCUGCAGCUGUGGUGAUGGGUACUAGAGGCAGAAGCUUAGUUCAAAGUGUGCUGCAAGGAAGUGUUAGUGAGUAUUGUUUCCACCACUGCAAAGCCGCACCUGUCAUAAUCGUUCCUGGGAAAGAAGCUGGAGACGAAUCAUUGGUAACUUGGAACUAGCCAUUGUUACAUUGAUAAUGAAGAAGAUGGAAAUUAAAGUACAGUUUGGAGCAUUAGAGAACCCUUGAAGCUGUGAGAACUUUUGUGUGAUGAGUUGGUCAAGUGUUCUGUGUUGUGUGUGUGUAUCAUAGUACUAGAUUUUCUUGUUUCCUUCGCCAUUGUUGGUCAGAUUGAGAGGUAUAGCUUGAGUACAAGCUUGAAGCACAUUAAGAUUUUAUUUUUUCAUGCAAAAUACAAAAAAAGAACGGUGAAAUGUUGUGGCUUUGCGGAUCCUAUGCCUCUGCUGUUUGUAAUAACUUCACCAAUUCCUGGUUUGGUUACUGCUUUUGGAAUGAAUCAUCUCAUCUGUUUUCUCUUUAAUCCUCUCAUAUACCACGAACUUUCCUUGAUUUUCCACACAUGAAUAAUUCUCUCCAAGCAAAACAUCCCCACAAAAGAAAUUGAAAAACUUGCUAGAAACCGAAAUAAGCAACAGUAUCACAGAUUCCUUGUGUCUGUUUGGUCAACAAAGUAGUUCCAGCAGAUGUGAACCCACCAUAGCAGCCCACGGUAUCAGCCAAAACAAGUCCCCUUCUUUCCCCACCCUCUACUUUUGAGAGGCAGCAAAAAGCAAAACCCACCACGGAAAAGAGUAAAAGCUAGUCCAGAAAGGAGUUGGAUCUUCCAUUACCAAAACCAAUGGAUUCAGACAGUUUGAAGGGAGAGAGGCAAACAGUGAAAGGGCUGGAAACUGUGGAGGAAGAUGAGGUCUACGACAGCUGGAAUGAUGGAGCAGAAGUGGAAAAGAAGGAAACAGCAGCAACAAUUAGAAGAAGAAGAAGCAAAGGAAGAGAUAUCAUUGUGGCUGUAGAUCAUGGACCAAACAGCAGACAUGCUUUCAACUGGGCUCUGCUUCAUCUCUGCCGCCAGGCGGAUACUCUCCACCUUGUUCAUGCUCUUUCUGAUUCCAAGAAUAGAUUGCUUUCUGACAUGGCUGAAGGGCUGGUAGAGAAGCUCACAAUUGAGGCUUUGAAAAUGGCUAAGGUGAAGGCAGUUGGGAAAAUAGUGGAAGGAGAAGCAAGUAAGGUUAUUUGCAAGGAAGCAGAGAGGAUAAGGCCUGUGGCAGUUGUACUAGGAACCAGAGGCAGAAGUCUAUUUCAAAGUGUGAUGCAAGGAAGUGUUGGGGAGUAUUGCUUCCACCACAGCAAAGCUCCAGUCAUAAUUGUUCCUAUGGAAUGUAUGAAUGAAGCUUAGAGAUGGUGAAAGAGGAGGUCAAUGGUGGUGAAAGCAGGGAGUUGAAGCUCUUGGAUUCACAGAGAUUGGUUACUAAUUAUCUAUGUCCAUACCACUAAAUUUUACGUUUUAUUUCUUAUGAUAAGGUGAAUCCCAAAAAGAUGUGUAUGUUUUGAUCGAUGAAUAUUAAAAAAAAAAAAAAGAGAGUGGAUCUUAGAUGAAAUAUUUGAAGUCACA